CAAUCUGGCAGCUGCGCUAAAAUCUCACCAGGAUGGUUUCUUUGAUUCUCUUCCGCGAUGCAACUUCUUCUGUAAUUCAACAAAUCUAGUACCUGAGAAGUUUUUAGAUUGCAUCGCCACUUUCCCUAUGAUACAGGACUUUUCCCAGGAACAUCUCACUUCGAGUCGCGUCUCUGUUGCGAGUUGUUGAACUUGAACUGUCAAUAGCUAAGAUCCUGGUCCGACUUGAUACUGAUGAUCAUCUUUGCAGCAGCCACUGAGCAUAGCAUGACCUGCACAUUAUAAUGGUACCCAAACCGUUGUGUGACUGAUAUGCUCUUCCAACUCCUAGUUCCCCUUGGGUUUCAGGCGUGUAUCGUCGCUUCUGCGGUCAUUUCAAGCCGUAUGGGCCCUACCAUAACCCUCGAGUCUGCGACGUUCACCGGGACAACCUCCGGGGUCGUCUCGAAAUUCUUGGGCAUCCCAUUCGCUCAACCUCCAACGGGAGACCGUCGUUUCAGGCUUCCAGAAACUCUCCCAGCGUACAAUGGGUCGUAUGAUGCAAGCGACUUUGGACCAUCUUGUCCACAGCAGGCAAUCAGACUGCCGAUUCUCACAGGGAUACUGGCAGAAGCUGUGGAUUACUUGACCGACUCCAUCUACAAUACUGUCCUUCCUGAUGAUGAGGAUUGUCUGACUGUUAAUGUUCUAAAGCCAGCGACCGCCACUUCAAACUCUAAGCUUCCUGUCGUUGCGUGGAUUUUUGGUGGUGGCUUUGAGCUUGGUGGCACGGCUAUGUACGAUGGCACUAGCAUUGCUUCUCGGUCGAUCGCGCUGAAUCAGCCAGUCAUCUAUGUUUCGAUGAAUUACCGAGUUUCUGGCUUCGGUUUUCUUGCGAGUAAAGAAGUCAGGGAAGCUGCCGUUGGUAACCUCGGGCUCCACGACCAAAGAGAGGCUCUGAGAUGGAUUCAGAAGUAUAUAACUGCGUUUGGUGGAGAUCCUUCAAAAGUGACGAUAUGGGGCGAAUCUGCAGGAGCUAUUUCAGCUGCGAUGCAUAUGAUUGCUUACGAUGGUGACACUCAAGGUCUUUUCCGUGCAGCGUUCAUGCAAUCAGGGUCUCCGAUCCCUGUUGGAGCUCUUGAGGGAGGACAGAAAUAUUACGAUGACAUCGUGGUUCAGACAGACUGCUCUGGUUCUAAUGAUACGCUUGCUUGUUUGAGGACGGUCGAGUACGACACUCUGAAAGCGGCCAUCGACAAUUCACCUUUCAUAUUUGACUAUCAGUCAUUGCAUUUGGCGUGGCUACCUCGUGCUGAUGGUGUACUUUUCUCCGAUAUUCCCCAGCGGCUCGUCCAACAAGGUAAAAUUGCUGAUGUUCCCAUAGUUAGCGGCGACUGUGAUGAUGAGGGAACCUUGUUUUCGUUAUCGUCGCUCAAUGUCACAAAAGAUGCUGAAGUCGAGACAUAUUUCAAGACGGUGAUCUUCCCGAAUAUGCCAGACCAAGACCUUGCCACGUUGCUCGAACUCUAUCCUGCCGAUCCUCUUGAAGGACUGAAUAUUUUAACCCCCCAAUUCAAGAGGAUCGCGUCGUUCCAGGGCGAUGCGGUGUUCCAGGCGCCUAGAAGGUUUUUCCUUCAGAACCUCUCCGGAAAGCAGAAUAUAUGGGCAUUCUUAAGUAAGCGCUUCAAGAUCGUUCCAGUCUUGGGGGCCUUCCACUCUAGUGAUAUCCUCAACGUCUAUUUCGGCGGAGAUAUGGCAGACUACCUCAUUCGUUUUGCAGCUACCCUGAACCCCAGCGGAAGUACUGACAUUCAGUGGCCCCAGUGGACUGACAACUCUCCCAAUCUACUCACGUUCAAUGAUGAUCCCUUUAAGCCUUUAACCGUCACUCAAGACACGUUCCGCAGUGACGCAAUGGAUAGCUUGUCAGAGAUCUUAUUGAGGAAUUCGAUUUGAUCUUGGCAAGGAUCUGAAUGAUACCACUUUACU